AUGUCAACCAAUCCCGAGCUUGAUAAUGCCACCGUGCUAAAGUGGUUAGAAGGAUUCCACCAAGCGAGUGCAUCUCUUGACGCCGACAAAUGGCUCGACGAAUUCAUGACCGACGAUAUCGAAUUGCAAUAUUCAAACGAACCUGUGAUCAAGGGCAGCGCUGUGAGGGAGAUGUUCAAAAGUACCUUCGGUUUACUGGACAUGAUGAUUCACGAAAUCGAAUACUUUGACUAUGUUGCUCCUCGUAUCUACCAAGCUGCAACAAUCCGAUACCUCGUUAAAGGCGACAAUCCGAAGACCGAUGAAAUCACGAUUCCUGGCUUUGCUGUGUUUUUUGUUAGAGAGGAUGAUGACGAGCGCGUGAAGUGUUAUAGGGCGGAGACAUUCUUGAAUCCAACUCAAGUAUUUCAGCGAAUUGCUGAGAAGCAGGCCCUAUAG